UGUGAACCUGGCAACCCUGCUGAUGAUGGGAAAAGCCCCACCCAUCCCGAGCAUCCUCAGCAUCCCCGGCCCCGGGUUGCGGAAACGGACGCGCCGGUUUUAAAGCGCGGCGGCGGGCUGCGCUCGAGCUCUAUUCCCGCAGCCAUGACUCAGCCUGAGCAUGCUCCUCCCCACCGCUGCCCCGCUGCGCCUCCUCCGCUCCCGCAGCUGCUCCUCCUGGCCGUGCUGGUGGCUCUGGAGCCGCGCGAGCUGGCGGCGUGGGGCGCGAGCGUGAAGUACGCGGUGAACUGCCCGGAGCGCUGCGAGCCCGCGCGCUGUGGAGCGCCCCGCUGCGCGCGCACCGUGCUGGACGACUGCAGCUGCUGCCGCGUGUGCGCCGCGCGCCGGGGUGAGCACUGCUACCGCACCGUGUCCGCAGUGCACGGGGUCAAGUGCGGCCCGGGACUCUACUGCGACUUCUACAAGGACGAGGACGAGUUCGGGGACGAGUACGGGGUGUGCAGGGAUUGCACGUACGGGACGUACGGAGUCGAGUGCCGCCAAACCUGUAACUGUAAGGCAGGAGGACUGUGUGACAGAGAGACAGGCGUCUGUCUCACCUUCAAGUUCUUCUCAAAAAUGGCCAACGCGCUCAAGACACACGAGGGUAACGAGGUGGCGUCAGGGGACGGCAGCGGCAGAAACAACAGCAGCAGCAGCAGUAACGCCGGAGACAGUUCAUCUACUCCGAAAUGGCUCGCACCUCGCUGACACACCACCCGCCUCAGUCUGAGCUUGGACGGUCCACAUGUAGCAUAGUAAAUUAAAAAAACAAACAAACAAAAAAAAAGACAAAGGGAUUAUAUUUUAAUAUGUAUAAAAAAUCUAUUAAUAUUCUAUCAGAGCCUUUCUUUUUUGUACUCUAUUGACUCCGAUGACAGGAUUUAACCCCUGCUGUUCUGCCCCUCAGCCAACACUUACAACACAGCGUUGUCCAGUUCUCGAUUCUGAUUGGUCAGAAAGUCAUGAUUAGUUUCUUAUAUAUAACAGCAAACAAUUUAUAUUAAUGCGCUCAUUCUAUACGUUAUCGUUACUAUAGUAGUAUUGACAGGGACUUGAACAUCAGAUGCUCCAUUCAGCACCACACAGAGUGUUUAAAGACUAGUAAUAGAAACAGAGCCCCAAAAAUGUAGAUAUAGACAUAAUUUAUAAAUUAUUUUUAAAAUCAUUGUUAAAAAAAUUCCAACAAAUUUGAAUAUUUAUGAGACAGACAGAGCGUUAGGGUUAAAAUCUACAGCAUGAGGGUUAAAUCCAGGGCGUCAGGGUUAAAUCCACAGUGUGAGGGCUAAAUCUACAAUGUGAGGGUUACAAUCCAUUGUGUCAGACUUAAAUCUAUAGCAUCAGGGUUAAAUCCACAGCAUGAGGGUUAAAAUCUACAGCGUGAGGGUAAAAAUCUACAGCGUGAGGUUUAAAUCUACAGCAUGACGGUCAAAUCCACGGCGUGAGGGUUAAAUUCAGGGCAUGAGGUUAAAUUCAGGGCAUGAGGGUUAUAUCUACAGCGUGAGGGUUAAAUUCAGGGUGUGAGGGUUAAAUCUACAGCAUGAGGGUUAAAUUCAGGGUGUGAGGGUUAAAUCUACAGCAUGAGGGUUAUAUCUACUGUACAGCGUGAGGGUUAAAUUCAGGGCAUGAGGUUAAAUUCAGGGUGUGAGGGUUAAAUCUACAGCAUGAGGGUUAAAUUCAGGAUGUGAGGGUUAAAUCUACAGCGUGAGGGUUAAAUUCAGGGUGUGAGGGUUAAAUCUACAGCAUGAGGGUUAUAUCUACUGUACAGCGUGAGGGUUAAAUUCAGGGCAUGAGGGUUAAAUUCAGGAUGUGAGGGUUAAAUCUACAGCGUGAGGGUUAAAUUCAGGGUGUGAGGGUUAAAUCUACAGCAUGAGGGUUAUAUCUACUGUACAGCGUGAGGGUUAAAUUCAGGGCAUGAGGUUAAAUUCAGGGUGUGAGGGUUAAAUCUACAGCAUGAGGGUUAUAUCUACAGUGUGAGGGUUAAAUUCAGGGCAUGAGGUUAAAUUCAGGGCAUGAGGGUUAUAUCUACAGCGUGAGGGUUAAAUUCAGGGCAUGAGGUUAAAUUCAGGGCAUGAGGGUUAUAUCUACAGCGUGAGGGUUAUAUCUAAAGCGUGAGGGUUAAAUUCAGGGUGUGAGGGUUAAAUCUACAGCAUGAGGGUUUUAUCUACAACGUGAGGGUUAAAUUCAGGGUGUGAGGUUCAUAUCUACAGUGUGAGGGUUAAAUCUACAGCGUGAGGUUUAAAUCUAUGGCGUGAGGGUCAAAUCUAGGGCGUGAGGGCUAAAUCCACGGCGUGAGGGUUAAAUCCACGGCGUGAGGGUUAAAUCUAUGGUGUGAAGGUUAAAUCCACGGCGUGAGGUUUAAAUCCACGACGUGAGGGUUAAAUCCACGGCGUGAAGGUUAAAUCCACGGCGUGAGGUUUAAAUCCACGGCGUGAGGGUUAAAUCCAUGGUGUGAAGGUUAAAUCCACGGCGUGAGGUUUAAAUCCACGGCGUGAGGUUUAAAUCCAAGGCGUGAAGGUUAAAUCCACGGCGUGAGGUUUAAAUCCACGGCGUGAGGUUUAAAUCCACGGCGUGAGGUUUAAAUCCACGACGUGAGGGUUAAAUCCACGGCAUGAGGGUUAAAUCCACGGUGUGAGGUUUAAAUCCACGGCGUGAGGGUUAAAUCCACAGCGUGAGGGUUAAAUCCCUGUCAUUGUGUUAUACCAAAGUGUGCAUACUUACAGACAUGUGGGCAGAAUGUAGUUUCCGAAAUGUAGCUGAUCAUUUGAAACACAUUUCAUGUCUGAUGUUUGCUUUUUUUUCUUAGUUUUUUUUUUUUUUUGCUGGACUUAUGAGGCUAAUAUAGUUAGUAAUUAGCUUAUAUCUACAAGUUUAGCAUUGUGCAAAAUGCUAAAUAAACACAGUCACUUUCUUCCAUUCGUUUUUUUUAACAGACUUUCGUCUCAUUUCUGAUGCUCUUUUCUCAAUCUGUAAACAUGGACAAAAAGACACGCGACAGCGUUAGGUGCCAGGAUGAGGUAAAGGGGCGUGGCCUAACAGGUAGACAUGAUUCAGGUGAUAAUAAAGUUCUUAUUAGCCUCAUAUGGAUCAGCUCCAGUCGAAACUUCUUUGUCUGAUCAACAAUAUUUACAGUAAAGGAGACAUGUACUUUUACUCUUCAAUACUAUUUAUGUAAUCAAAUACACUGUAAAUACGUAUAAAGCAGCAUAUUUACAGAUACCA